CAACCAUGGACGAUGACAAUAGCUCUGUUGAUUCAUUCUUUGAUGCUACUAGUGGAUUUGUGACUCCUUUUGAUGACAACGAUAAGAUUGAUGACCUCGGUCUCAAUUCACUUAACUCCAAGAGAUCACGGGAAGAUUUCGCCGACGAUGCUGCUUCACAACCCAUCAAGCGUGCGACCCUUGCUGAUGCGCGUGAGAAGUCCCAGAGUGGAGACAAAAUGGAUGUCGAUCCAUCGUCUCAAGGACCAAGCACCGCUCGCCGCUCGAAGCUCGGGGCUGUUCAGCCUUCUGACCUCUUGCGAUCGAUCCAGGGAAUGUACAGAAUCCUUGAUCUCAUCACCGAACAAGGUAGCGGGGGCACAGUCGAAAAGGUCGUCAUCGCGCAAGACUCGCUGGCGGAGUUCAUCAACACUCUUUCGCCAGGUGCCUAUACUUCCCUUACGAAGGUCAAUUUCAAGAACCUAGACGAUGUCGCGGUCAAGCCGAUGGGGGUAUACGGAAGCAAGGAUGAACUUGUUGCCUUUUUCCUGUCUCUCAACGUGAUCAAUGCCACUACUGCUGAGCUGCUUCGGAGCCCUCAGGAUGAUUCAAACGGGCCGAAACUUCGCUCUGGCAUAUAUGCACUCCGCUCGCUCUGCUCCGGGAGCUCUGAUGAAGAACUAUACAUCGUGUAUUGGCCUGAAGACACCACUUGGGAUGACAGCACAGUCUCAUCUGUAAGACGAAACCGAAUCACAUUCAUGCGAUACUUGACGAAGAUAGCGGACCAAAUUCUUUGCAUGGUCUCGCCGGAGCACGCCCGAUCCCUAGUAUGGACCGACGACCAAGUCCAAGAUGACGUAGAUAUGGAAGAUGAUGACGAUGAUGACCGUUUGUUCACCUUCGAAGUCGCAAAGACUAACGAGCAGGACGAAAACGUUGAGGCGCGACAAGGUUUCGAAAUCAAUUUGAAACGAUUUGUUCCCACCAUUCAACCCUCAUGCCCAGCUACCGAACGUCAUAAUCUCAAGCCUCAGCUCAUUGAUGGCGAAACGAGCCCAGCCUUCAUAACGUGCCAAUACAUCGCGCCAACAGUUCGAGGCAAGGAAAUAAGGAGCGAGUCGUUUACCAAGACUCUUUUUAAACAGACUCUGGAGAAUCCGGACUUCGCUUUCCACUUGUCCGUUGACCUCGGCGAGGAAGCCCUCACCCUCAUCGUCGAGGCAGGGUUUCAGAAGCGAUACCCAACCCCGUGCAAAGCAUGGAAUGCUCGUAAGGCAGAGAUAGAACGCGCCACUUCCCAUACAAGAGAGACCAACAAAAGAGAGCUCAAUGAGAGGUUGGCACGCGAUCACGACGACCUCAAACUUACACUCUACCACGAAAUUCUUUCUCGAGUAGCGUCUUCAUUUCCGUUCCUUGACCUUGGCCGACUUCGGCUUUCAUCGGAUAAGACUCUUCAGGAGGAUGGUGAUGGUUCGAAAGAGGCGACAAACUAUGCGGAUCGAUACUCUAGUCUGAGUAGUCUUUUCCCGAAGAUCGAGGCUGCGGUGCGAAGGGAGAUGGCCACUCGGAAUCUAGAUGGCAAAAUUGAUUCUCGUCAUUUCACCGCGCACAAACGGCGGGCUAUCGCCAUAGAACGGUGCCUAGAUGCCCGAGCCGAUAUUGCGGAAGACGAGAAGGAGAAACUGGUAUCGGACAUAUUGGCUGACGAGGCCUUCUUCCACACGCCACAGAAACAAAAGACCACCGGCUUUGGGUGGGCCUUGAAGAUCUUCUCUGCAUCCACAGAUAGGGACGAGGAGCAAGCGGUCAUCGCGCGCGCAUUUGAUGAGGCUAAUGCCAUCUCCGACCCAGAGUUCUUAGCCGGCCUCGCAGACCGAGUCGCACGUAUUCCUCUCCUGACGGACCUUGCUCACGAAAUGCUGGACAUAGUCUACGAUAAAUUAUCUAUAGCCAUCAGGAAGGCGGUAGAGAAGCUCAUGAGCCCAGUGGAAAUGAUACAGAAGGAGGAUUGCGUUCUCCAGAUUGAUCGUGAAGCUGCCUCGCAGCGGGAAGUAUCCCUGAAAGAUUCUCGUCUUCAGUUUUUCGAUGACAUGGAGGCACAACCGAGGACAGAGAAGUUACAGUCUUUUUUCAUCGAGAAGGUGGAUAUCGAACCCUCGAGAUAUGGUUCUGGCGUGUCGUAUAGAAUUACAGGUCGACAAGAGUUCCAUCUGAACGCAGUCUUCGAGUACAAGCUCCAUCGUCUCAAUCUCUCAGCCGAUCAUCUGCAAACUCUCCAGCUGAAUCCUGCGUUUGUUCCGCGGCCUGAGGUCAAUGAAAGACUCUCUUAUUCCUUCCGGCUUGAGCUUCACUACCUAAUUCUCCACGCGCAACUGCUAGAAAAUGACAGGUUACUACUCCUCAUCGAUGAUCGCCGGGGCCAUAUUCUUGUCUGUCUGGAAUCACUGUCCGCGAUGGAUGGUGCACUUCAGCGGCAGAGGUGGAAAUCAUUCGACCGCGCGAAAAUAGGAGAAUCCUUCAAGUUUGCGUUCGAUGAAAGCAAGCGUACAUUUGCGUUAUGCAGUACGACCAAGCUCGAUCUAAACAUCUUUGUCUAUGACGAGAAAUUCAGUUCUCCCCAAGCGCUCGGUAGCACGAUCAGUCUCAAGCCAUGGUACUCAGAGGACGUCAGCCUGAGCCACAUACGCUUCAUAUCUGGCACUCACGAAAUUCUUCUCAUCGACUCAGGAGGCCGCGCUAGGAUAUUCUCCUUGGUGACGCAGCAAUGCAGACCUGCAUCUUUGGAUUUACCUCAGAUCCCGCUCGCCGCCUACUCGACGCCAGACGGUAGCUGUCUCAUUCUUCUCAACAAGCGCGAUGACGGCGUGUCCUUCCGCGCUUAUCAUUGGCCUACUUUUGGAGCCUCCGAGGGCAUACCACUAGACUUCCCAGAUCUCACGGCACAUUCGUUGGUCGUCACUUCACUCGGUAGUAGGAAUGUCGUGCACAUCGUUGCUUUGUCGGAGGAUUAUCAAUGCUUUUCCAUCGCUCUCGACAUCACGAAGAAGGUCACGGAGUUCAUGUUCAAGGAGAAGGCGUCUAGGAGCUCCAAUACUGGAGAUGCUACGGGAGCGAGCUUGCAUAACUGUCUCAUUGAUUGCCACGUCGAUGUAUGGACUCGGUUCCCGGUCGUUGCCGCAGUUCAACGCCAAAACAUCACGUCAUCCAGGAGACCGAAACAAUUGGCGUUCAUCACGGACCGCGACUUCGGCAAGUAUCAACCCCACUUCAGCGACCUCAUCCAGUCUUUCGAGCAGCGAACACGGAAACCAACGGGAGACGAGCUGAAGAACACCCUGGUGACUGCUGUCAAUCGACAGUCUCUUGUUUUAUCCUCGUUCUUCGACCAAGCCUGGGAGGUCUCGCGUCUCAAAGCAGGCCAAUGGAUCGUCGACAUUUUCUGUCUGAUUCCUCUGCAUAUCGCAAUCUGCCGUGAAAACCGUUUCAUUCCGUUGAAGGACGGUGUUUCUUCGGCGGAGUUAGAGAGAUCGCUUUUGGGCGCCGACGUCAGUACUAUCGUCGAUAGUGUUACUCUCGGAUGGUAUGAAUCUAUAUUCCAGUCCUACAUGGCGUCGAAGCCCGUUAGAGUGGUUUCAUCCAUGGGAGAACAAUCGGUUGGGAAGAGUUUCGCCUUGAACCAUCUGGUUGAUACAUCCUUCGCAGGGAGUGCUAUGAGGACGACUGAGGGCGUAUGGAUGGCUUUGACGCCUACGGAUGACGCGUUGAUAGUUGCUCUUGAUUUUGAAGGUGUUCACAGUAUCGAGCGCUCUGCUCAGGAAGAUACACUCCUUGUGCUUUUCAACACUGCCAUAUCGAACCUUGUCAUCUUCCGUACCAACUUCGCCCUGAGCCGUGACAUCACGGGAUUGUUCCAGUCCUUUCAAUCCUCUUCCUCCGUCCUCGAUCCAGCCGCAAAUCCAUCCCUCUUCCAGAGUACUCUAGCUAUUGUGAUCAAGGACGUGGUUGAUACAGACAAGGCAGAGAUCAAGCGCGAGUUCUCUCUCAAGUUUCAGAAGAUCGUUCAAGACGAACAAGAGGCAAAUUUCAUCACGCGUCUUCACGGCGGGAAGCUCGACAUUAUUCCAUGGCCAGUCAUAGAGUCGAAGCAGUUCUACCAGUUGUUCCAGAGCCUCAAGAAGCGACUCGAUAAACAGACUGUGACACAUCCGUCUGCGGGAGAGUUCUUGGUCAUGAUUAAGACACUGAUGGCGAAGCUCAAGGCCAACGACUGGGGUGCUAUGGAUCAAACGCUUUUGGCCCACCGAGCUCAAAGACUUCUGGCGUUGCUACCAAUGGCACUGAGCUCAGGCUCAGUAGAUAAUGAACUCACGAGCGAACCAUUGAAGAACUUCGAUAUGGAUGCCGUCGUUGAAAUGGAUGAUACCUCCGCUCGUUUCUUCCUUUCGAACGGUCAUACAGAACCUGGGCUUCGAGAGUCGAUGUUAUCCGCGCUCAUCGAUAGCUGGACACUGAGAAAUGACGACAGACAUACAAAGUCUGACAUUGACUGGACUGACGAACUCUCGGCUCACCUAGACGACCUCCUUGACGCGAGGGUGGCCCAUGUCCAGGAGUGGAUAUCAUCUAACCUCUCACGCUUCCAAAAGACUGAACAUGCGAACAUCGAUACUCUGCGAAGGACGCUUGAUAGCAUGAUUGUCGAUAUGAGGUCACACGUGCAGAUAUGUAAGGCCAAGUGUGCUGGCUGCCUUCUAUCAUGCUUAAAGGGUCGCGCUCAUGAACGAGACGACCCCCACGACUGCGGGACAUCCCAUCGGUGUCGGUCAGCGUGUGACUUCGGUGAGGAACAUGAAGGUGAAAUCCCAACCUGUGGCUUCCCAGCUGGUCAUUCUGGAAAGCACAUUUGCAUAGUCGAAGCCCACUUAUGCGGCGAGCGGUGUGUGCUUUGGGGCAAGAAGGGUUGCCAGGGAGAGUGCACCAAGACGGUCGGGCAUGACGAAGACCACAAAUGUUCUGCUCGCAUUCAUUCUUGUGGCCUGCCGUGUGCUUUGCAAGAUGUGAAGUUAUCUGGUGGCGAGGUGUACACCUGUUCUGAGACCUGCAUAGUCCCAAGCGAGGAUGAUCAUGACGUUCACAUCUGCAACCAACCGUCUUGCCCAUGCACUUGUCAGUUGUGCAAGAGGCGGUGCUCUAAUCGGGAUCACCUGCAUGGGCUGGAAGAUAAAGCUAUUCAUCUUUGCGGAGAAAGCCAUUCCUGCCACGCUCUUUGUACUGCUACUGGAAUCUGUCAGAUAGACACAGCGCCUCAGUCCAUUGAGGCAACCUUCACCGGAAAGCAUGAGACGUUUCAAUACACGAAGUACUCUCAAGAUGCGAGGCGUCUACCUUGCGUCGUACCCAUACCCCCCGGCGGUACGGAUCACCCAGGAAGUCACAGCCAUACCAUCGACAAGAAGCAGUUCCAUUUUUGCGAAGCGCGAUGCGAGAAUUGUGGUUACUACUGCACUCUCCCACAAGGUCAUCCACAGCAAGAACAUGAGACGAGCCAUGGUUCUAUGUCCAAGACUCGAUGGGCAAUUGACGGUCCGGAUGAGGCUACCAUGGAGAUCAACGGCAGGAAGUUCGCUUCGAACGAUGAUGGUGCUCCUAUGCUGUGUAGUCUCGUUUGUAAAGAUCAGGGCAGACAUACCCACAUUGAUUUCUGUCGAACCUUACCCGGUGUUCAAUGCGAGGGGGCUGACAUGCUUCAUAUUUCCUCACGCAUUAAGCCUGAGCCUAAUCGCCCCAAGGAUCAUAUAUCUCACGGCCUAUACUGGAGUAGAACAGGGUUCCGUGAUCCAUAUUCGAGAGAGGAGCAAGCCAGCUUUGCGAAGUGCGAUGCUAUGUGCGCAGGUCCAGAACAUGCUGGGAAUGGAACAGCCCCAGCUCAGCCAUCCUAUUGCACGCUGCCAAUAUUCCAUCCACGUCAGCCCUUAGGUGGAGCGACGGGCCUGGGGUAUGUCUCGAACGAUGGCCACUCUUUCGCAUGCAAGAACCCAGCUGUGCUACAACAAGCCUACCAUAUUAUCUUCCUCAUCGAUCGGUCAGGAUCCAUGGGAUACAGCGACAGGCGUCCUCUUGCAGAUACUCCAGUCACUGCCCGGAUCAACCGUAGCUGCCCAAAUAGGCUAGGAGCAGUUUAUUCGUCGUUGCAUGGUUUCUGGUCUUCCCGCCACGCCGCUGUCAAUGCUCCCGGUUCCCAGGCGACUGGAGGCCGCAGAGAUGCAUACAGCAUCAUCUUUUUUGACCACGAGAUCCAUGAAGGGGUGAUGAACAAUUUUACGAGUACUCCAGAUCAACUUCUCGAUAGUGUAUUGGCAGUCCAGGAUCGCGGUGGUACAGACUUCACGGCGGCAUUGACGCAUGGUAGAACGGUCAUGCAGCGGCACUGGAGCACUGAAAGGACUCCUGUCAUGAUAUUUCUCUCAGAUGGAGAGUGUGGUAUCUCGGAUCAGACUGUGCAAGACCUCUGUCGUAACGCGAUUACUCUCGGAAAACCACUGUCGCUUCAUACCGUCUCGUUCGGUACAGGUAAUGAUGUCUUAAGAAGGAUGGCAAGGAUCGCGCUCGACGUCCAGAACGCUGCGCCUCCUGCGCCUGGUGCAAUAGCCUCAGCGCCAAUCCUUUCAUCGUACUCUGAAGCACUCGAUACGGUUCAGCUGGCUCAGACUUUUCUCGGUCUGGCAGAGUCGUUGCGUAAGCCGAGAGGUUCGCUGAUGCGCUGAGAAUUGUCGCCGUUUCCCUCCGAGUCGGUCUCAUGUAUGACUAUCUUCGAACUUUUGCACUCUUUCCUUCAGCACUUACGUUUUCUGUUUCUUUCCGUGAUCUUGCUUCCUAUCCCAUCCGCUUCUAUGACUCCCUUGAACUUUCUCACCUCGCCCAUACUUCUGCCAGUUCCAAUCGCAUUUUCGAACGGUGUCUUGUGUACUGUACUUUUUCGACCAAGUGUUCGUGGGAGAAUUAUGUCAGCCGUGACCACCGCUGGGCCACGGUUCGUUCGGGCGGGC